UCUGUUGCCAGUACUUCUCCGACGAGCGAUCGAAUUUCAACCGAGUGCGAAAUAUAUUGCGAUUAUCAAAAAUGUCUGGAACAUUACCAACCACCUAUGUGAAGGGUUUCCACGAUGAGGAUAAGGUGCGUCGCAUGGAAUAUCGCAAUCUCGGAAAGACCGGCCUGAAAGUCUCGAAAGUCUCAUUCGGAGGCGGUGCGCUCUGCGCCAACUACGGCUUUGAACUUGAAGAGGGCAUCAAGACUGUGCAUGAGGCCCUGAAGUCGGGAAUCAAUUAUAUUGAUACGGCCCCAUGGUACGGUCAGGGUCGCUCUGAAGAGGUCCUUGGCCAGGCGCUGAAAGGAGUGCCCCGGGAAUCCUACUACAUCGCCACCAAAGUGGCUCGCUACGAACUGGACUAUGAGAACAUGUUUGACUUCAGCGCCAAGAAAACCCGCGAAAGCGUGGAGAAGAGUCUGAAACUCCUGGAACUGGACUACGUGGACGUCAUCCAGAUUCACGACAUCGAAUUCGCCAAAGAUUUGGACAUUGUCAUCAACGAGACCUUGCCCACACUGGAGCAACUGGUCAAGGAGGGCAAGGCCAGGUUCAUUGGUGUGUCAGCUUACCCGAUUUCAGUGCUUAAGGAGUGCCUGACCCGAGCGGCAGGAAGAUUCGAUACGGUUCUCACAUAUGCCAGAUACACCCUGACCGACGAAACGCUCCUGGAGUACCUGGACUUCUUCAAGUCCCAGAACCUCGGAGUCAUCUGUGCCGCUGCCCACGCCCUUGGGCUCCUAACCAACGCUGGACCCCAGCCGUGGCAUCCGGCUAGUGACGAGCAGAAGGCCAUUGCUCGAAAGGCAUCGGAAAUCUGCAAGGAGCGCGGGGUGGAGCUGGGCAAGCUGGCCAUGUUCUACACGAUGAAGGGACUGCCCGGAGUGACCACCUUCCUCACGGGCAUGCAGAGCAGGGAGUUGCUGCGGAUCAACCUGGAGGCCUUCGAACUGGGCCUCAACGAUAAGGAGCAGGAAGUGCUGCAGUACCUGAAAGAAAAUGUUUUGACCAAACCUUUCGAUUGGGAGGGCAACGAACUGGAGCGAUAUUGGGCAGCCAUAAAGCAAAAGUAAACGAGGAGGAUUACCUGGAAAACGGGACGAGAAAGAAUAAAGACUUUAACUGGAAUUUGCAUUAUUGUUGUCUUCCCUGCGUGACCUUUUCGAAUGGAUUUUUAGUGCCCGUGUCCUAUAAAUGAACUUGAAAACCAAAAAUCAAUUUAUUUUGCAGCUCGAAAUUGAUAACCAAUUAAUCAGGGGGUGAUAAUAUUUGCAGAUAGCUAAUAACAAUAAGUAAUAACCGAUAAGUGAAGAGCACUUCAAAAGAACAUCAGAAAAGGGUGACAUAAAUUGUAGGAAAGGUAAGUUACACAGAAGCUUUUGUUUUAAUAUACGCCAACUGGAUCAAAACACCAUUAAAGAUUAAAAAAUAUCAUUGUCGCCAAA